AGAGGGGAGAGAGUGAGAGGGAGAGGGAGGGAGCGAGAGUGGGAGAGGGAGAGAGACGGAUAUCUCAGGUCAUCUGCCGCUGCAGCGAGUCUGAGGAGCCGCGGAAGGCAGGGAAGAUGGCGAUCCUCCAUUGCUGAGACCCGGCAGGAGCACAUGAGACUCCCAAACAACUUCCACAACAAUAACCCAAGCAGGAAGAGGAGAAAGAGAAAGAGGAUAAGGAGGCGGUGGGGCUGGAGAACUCGAAGCACCUCCCGGCGCCGGGACGCUUCUUCUAUAAUAUACCUCAAAUAUCCUCUCUGCACCCUCGCUUUACUGAAGAGGAAGCUGGCACAAAGACGUGAAGUGACUUGAUCAAGGUUCCUAAUGUGAGAGGGUAGUCCCAGAUCAUGGAGGUGUUGCAGUGUGAUGGCUGUGAUUUCAGAGCCCCCUCUUAUGAAGAUCUCAAGGCACAUAUCCAGGAUGUCCACACAGCAUUUCUGCAGCCAACUGAUGUUGCUGAGGACAAUGACAGUGAGCCACGAUCCGGGUCCAUGAAUGCCAGUAAUCAGACCGAGGUGGAGUUUUCUUCUAUAAAGGAUGAAUUUGUGAUCGCAGAGGAUUUAUCAGGUCAAAAUGCAGCUGCAUUGGGGACCGGAAGUUACUAUGGCCACAGUCCAGGAUAUUACGGUCAGCAUAUUGCCCCUAAUCCCAAACCAACAAACAAGUUUUUUCAAUGCAAGUUCUGCGUACGCUACUUCAGGUCAAAAAACCUCCUCAUAGAACACACUAGGAAGGUGCAUGGAGCCCAAGCUGAAGGGAGUUCAGCAGGACCCCCUGUCCCAGGAUCCUUAAAUUAUAAUAUCAUGAUGCAUGAGGGAUUUGGAAAGGUCUUCUCUUGCCAGUUUUGCACAUACAAGUCUCCAAGGAGGGCAAGAAUAAUUAAGCAUCAGAAGAUGUAUCACAAAAACAAUUUGAAGGAGACCACAGCUCCUCCACCUGCUCCUGCUCCUAUGCCAGAUGCCGUGGUUCCACCCAUGUCUCUGCAAGACCCCUGCAAGGAACUGCCAGCAGAGGUCGUGGAGCGUAGUAUAUUAGAAUCCAUGGUCAAACCUUUGACCAAGUCUAGAGGCAACUUCUGCUGUGAGUGGUGCAGCUACCAGACCCCCCGCCGAGAACGCUGGUGUGACCACAUGAUGAAGAAACACCGUAGUAUGGUCAAGAUACUUUCCAGUCUCCGACAGCAACAAGAAGGGACUAAUCUACCUGAUGCACAGAAUAAAGGUGCCGCCAGUCCCACGUCCAACUCUACGUAUUUGUCCAUGAAUGCUGCAAACCGGGAGAUCCCCAACACUAACGUCUCCAACUUCAGGGCCUCCUCUGGCAACUCCAUCAUGAGACCCAAUUCUUCUUCAGUUUCCAAAUUUUCGCCCAUGUCUUACCCCCAGAUGAAGCCGAAGUCACCUCAUAAUUCUGGCCUCAUUAACUUGCCAGAGAGAUCCCGCUAUGGAAUGACUGACAUGACCAAUUCUUCUGCUGACCUGGAAACUAACAGCAUGCUAAAUGACUCUAGUUCUGAUGACGAGUUAAAUGAAAUAGACAGUGAGAACGGCUUAAAUUCUAUGGAUCACCAGACAUCAGCCCUAUCUGCAGAACAGCUGAUGGGUUCAGAUGGCAACAAAUUACUGGAGACCAAGGGAAUUCCAUUUAGAAGAUUCAUGAAUAGGUUCCAGUGCCCCUUUUGUCCUUUCCUCACCAUGCAUCGACGUAGCAUCUCUCGUCACAUUGAAAACAUCCACUUAUCUGGAAAGACAGCUGUCUACAAAUGUGAUGAAUGUCCGUUUACUUGCAAGAGCUCAUUAAAACUUGGGGCUCAUAAACAGUGUCACACGGGUACAACAUCAGACUGGGAUGCUGUGAACUCGCAGGGUGAAAGCCUUUCCUCUUCACUGAAUGAAAGUGUGGUGUCUUACGAGAGCUCAAGCAUCAAUGGCAGAAAGUCAGGAGUCAUGUUGGAUCCUUUGCAGCAGCAACAGCCACCGCCACCGCCACCGCCACCACCACUGCCCUCACAGCCACUGCAGCAGCCACAGCCACCCCAACUCCAGCCACCACAUCAGGUGCCACCCCAGCCACAGCCACCACCGACACAACCACCGCAGCCACCCACUCAAGCCCCCCCCUUGCACCCCUACAAGUGCACCAUGUGUAAUUACUCCACCACGACUCUGAAAGGGCUAAGAGUCCAUCAGCAGCACAAACACUCGUUUUGUGACAACUUGCCAAAAUUUGAGGGGCAGCCCUCAAACCUACCACUGGAAAAUGAGACAGACAGCCACCCCUCUUCCAGCAACACUGUGAAGAAAAGUCAGACCUCAAUUCUUGGAUUAUCCUCCAAGAACAACUUUGUAGCUAAGGCCUCGAGGAAGCUUGCUAACGACUUUCCUCUCGAUUUAUCACCCGUGAAGAAAAGAACUAGGAUCGACGAGAUAGCAAGCAACCUGCAGAGCAAAAUUAACCAAACCAAACAGCAGGAAGAUGCAGUGAUCAAUGUGGAGGACGAUGAGGAGGAAGAGGAAGACAAUGAAGUGGAGAUAGAGGUGGAGUUGGACAGGGAGGAGGAGCCCACAGAGCCUAUGCUGGAGGUUCCCACUGCCUUUGCAGCCCAGCAGAUUUGGGUCAGAGAUGCAAGUGAGCCCCAGAAGGAGCCCAACUUCAGAAGUGUCACCCAUGACUACAAUGCUACCAACGGGGCUGAGAUUGAGCUCACCCUUUCUGAAGAUGAAGAGGAUUAUUAUGGCUCCUCAACAAACAUGAAAGAUCAUCAAGUUUCCAACACUACAUUGCUGAAUACCCAAACUCCUAUCUAUGGAACUGAGCACAACAGUGAAAAUACAGACUUUGGCGACUCUGGAAGGCUCUACUAUUGCAAACACUGUGACUUUAACAACAAAUCUGCCCGGAGUGUGAGCACUCACUACCAACGAAUGCACCCAUACAUUAAGUUCAGCUUUAGGUAUAUCUUGGACCCCAAUGACCACAGCGCAGUGUAUAGGUGCUUGGAAUGCUAUAUCGAUUACACGAAUUUUGAAGAUCUCCAGCAGCAUUAUGGUGAACAUCACCCAGAAGCCAUGAAUGUCCUCAACUUUGAUCAUUCGGACCUGAUAUACCGGUGUCGGUUUUGUUCCUACACAAGCCCCAAUGUUAGAAGCCUGAUGCCACAUUACCAAAGAAUGCAUCCCACAGUUAAGAUCAACAACGCAAUGAUAUUUUCAAGCUAUGUUGUGGAGCAGCAGGAAGGGCUAAACACCGAAUCCCAGACCUUGAGAGAGAUUCUGAAUUCGGCUCCCAAGAACAUGGCAACAUCCACUCCCGUGGGUCGCGGUGGUGGUAUGCCAGCCACGUUUAAUAAAAGCACUCCUUCAAAGACCUUUACUCCAGAAUGUGAAAACCAGAAGGACCCUUCAGUCAACACCGUUGUCGUUUACGAUUGUGACGUUUGCUCAUUCGCGAGCCCCAACAUGCAUUCUGUCUUGGUUCAUUAUCAGAAGAAACACCCUGAAGAAAAGGCCUCCUACUUUAGGAUCCAGAAAACCAUGCGCAUGGUGUCUGUGGACAGGGGCUCUGCCCUUUCCCAAUUAUCAUUUGAGGUGGGUGCUCCAAUGUCUCCCAAAAUGUCCAACAUGGGUUCCCCACCCCCCCCACAACCCCCGCCACCAGACCUCAGUACUGAGCUUUACUACUGCAAACACUGUUCCUACAGCAAUCGGUCAGUUGUGGGAGUGCUUGUUCACUACCAGAAAAGACACCCAGAAAUAAAGGUUACUGCCAAAUAUAUCAGGCAGGCUCCUCCCACAUCUGCAAUGAUGAGAGGGGCCGACGGGCCACAAGGCUCCCCCCGGCCUCCUGCCCCCAUGCAACAGCUGAACCGGAGCAGUUCUGAGAGAGAUGGCCCUCCUGUGGAGAAUGAGAUGUUCUUUUGCCAGCACUGUGAUUAUGGAAACCGGACGGUCAAAGGGGUACUCAUUCAUUAUCAGAAGAAGCACCGAGACUUCAAGGCCAAUGCAGAUGUGAUCCGGCAGCACACAGCCACCAUCCGAAGCCUCUGCGACCGCAACCAGAAGAAGCCUGCCAGUUGUGUCCUUCUCCCCACCUCUGGUGUGGAGCGGGAUAAAACGAAACUCCGAGCACUCAAGUGUAAGCAGUGCUCAUAUACCUCCCCCUACUUCUAUGCACUGAGGAAGCAUAUUAAGAAAGACCACCCUGCCCUGAAGGCCACGGUCACGUCCAUCAUGCGAUGGGCAUUUUUAGAUGGCUUGAUAGAAGCUGGCUACCACUGUGAGUGGUGCAUCUAUUCCCACCCAGAGCCCAAUGGUUUGCUUUUGCAUUACCAAAGGAGGCAUCCAGAGCAUUAUGUUGAUUAUACAUACAUGGCUACCAAACUCUGGGCUGGGCCAGACCCAUCCCCGCCCUCUCUCACCAUGCCAGCUGAAGCCAAAACAUACAGAUGUAGGGACUGUGUUUUUGAAGCAGUGUCCAUCUGGGACAUCACUAAUCAUUACCAAGCAUUCCAUCCCUGGGCCAUGAAUGGUGAUGAGUCGGUGCUGCUGGACAUCAUCAAGGAGAAGGACGGUGUUGAGAAUCCCCUCCUACCACCUGAAGAGUUGGCAGGCCCUAUGAAUUGUGAAAAUAGUAUGCCCAUCCCCCUCCCCGAGCAGGAAGUGGAAUGCUCAGAGGAUGCAAGACUUUCCCCAGAGAAAAGCAUACACCUCAGUUCAGCCAACCCCGCAAUAUCCUCCACCCCCUACCAGUGCACAGUGUGCCAGUCCGAGUAUAACAACCUGCAUGGCCUCCUCACUCAUUAUGGGAAGAAGCACCCUGGCAUGAAAGUGAAGGCUGCUGAUUUUGCCCAGGACAUCGACAUCAACCCAGGUGCCGUCUACAAAUGCAGGCAUUGUCCAUAUAUCAACACUCGUAUCCACGGUGUCUUGACCCACUACCAGAAGCGACACCCAGCCAUCAAGGUGACUGCCGAGGAUUUUGUGCAUGACGUGGAGCAGUCUGCCGACAUUUCCCAGAACGAUGUGGAGGAGACGAGCAGGAUUUUCAAGCAAGGGUAUGGCGCCUACCGGUGCAAACUGUGUCCAUACACACACGGCACUUUGGAGAAACUCAAAAUCCACUAUGAGAAGUACCACAAUCAGCCUGAAUUUGAUGUCUUUUCCCCCUCGCCCCCGAAGCUGCCAGUAUCCCUUGAGCCCGAGAUAACCACUGAAGUGAGCCCCUCCCAAAUCUCCUUGACUGAGGAGGAGGUGGGAGAGGAGCCUGUGUCCACGUCUCACUUCUCUACCUCGCACCUGGUCUCCCACACUGUGUUCCGGUGCCAGCUCUGCAAGUACUUCUGCUCCACGAGGAAGGGGAUCGCCAGGCACUACCGGAUCAAGCACAACAACGUCCGCGCCCAGCCCGAGGGCAAGAACAACCUCUUCAAGUGUGCCCUGUGUGCCUACACCAACCCUAUUCGCAAGGGGUUGGCAGCCCACUACCAGAAGCGUCACGACAUCGAUGCCUAUUAUACGCACUGCCUGGCAGCCUCCCGGACCAUCAGCGACAAGCCCAACAAGGUGAUCAUCCCAUCCCCGCCCAAGGAUGACUCCCCACAGCUGAGCGAGGAACUCCGGCGGGCUGUGGAGAAGAAAAAGUGCUCCUUGUGCUCGUUCCAGUCAUUCAGCAAGAAGGGUAUUGUGUCCCAUUACAUGAAGCGCCACCCGGGGGUAUUCCCAAAGAAGCAGCACUCCAGCAAGUUGGGGGGCUACUUCACAGCCGUCUACGCAGAUGAGCACGAGAAGCCCACACUGAUGGAGGAAGAGGAAAGAGGCAGCUUUGAGAAAGCCGAGGUGGAGGGUGAAGCUCAGGAAAUUGAGUGGCUCCCGUUUCGCUGCAUCAAGUGCUUCAAGCUGUCCUUCAGCACCGCGGAGCUGCUGUGCAUGCAUUACACUGACCACCACAGCCGGGACCUAAAGAGGGACUUUGUCAUCCUGGGCAGCGGCCCCCGCUUGCAGAACUCCACCUACCAGUGUAAGCACUGUGAUAGCAAAUUGCAAAGCACAGCCGAGCUGACCUCACACUUGAACAUUCACAAUGAGGAAUUCCAGAAGCGUGCCAAACGUCAGGAGAGGAGGAAACAGCUUUUGAGCAAGCAGAAAUAUGCAGAUGGUGCUUUUGCAGAUUUCAAACAAGAGAGGCCUUUUGGUCACUUAGAAGAGGUGCCAAAGAUCAAGGAGAGGAAAGUGGUGGGCUACAAAUGUAAAUUCUGUGUGGAAGUGCACCCAACGCUCCGAGCCAUCUGCAAUCACCUCCGCAAGCACGUCCAGUACGGCAGCGUCCCAGCCAUGUCGGCUGCCGUGAAGGGGCUGCGUUCUCAUGAGAGGAGCCACCUGGCCCUGGCCAUGUUUACCCGAGAGGACAAGUACAGCUGCCAGUAUUGCUCCUUUGUUUCUGCUUUCAGGCACAAUCUGGAUCGCCAUAUGCAAACCCACCACGGACACCAUAAACCAUUCCGAUGCAAACUCUGCUCCUUCAAGUCCUCCUAUAACAGCCGGCUGAAAACACAUAUACUCAAAGCACAUGCUGGUGAACAUGCCUACAAGUGUUCUUGGUGCUCCUUUUCUACCAUGACAAUCAGCCAGUUGAAGGAACACUCCCUCAAGGUCCAUGGAAAAGCCCUGACCCUCCCCAGGCCACGAAUUGUCAGCCUCCUCUCCUCACAUGCCCAUCACUCCUCUCAAAAGGCUUCCCCAGCCGAAGAAGUAGAAGACUCCAAUGACUCGUCCUACUCAGAGCCCCCAGAUGUUCAGCAGCAGUUGAACCACUACCAGUCAGCUGCCCUGGCCCGAAAUAAUAGCCGAGUUAGCCCUGUGCCUCUUUCUGGAGCCACCGCUGGCACGGAGCAGAAAACCGAAGCUGUUCUGCACUGCGAAUUCUGUGAAUUCUCCUCUGGCUACAUCCAGAGCAUUAGGCGCCAUUAUCGAGACAAGCAUGGAGGAAAGAAGCUCUUCAAGUGCAAAGACUGCUCCUUUUACACAGGCUUUAAAUCUGCUUUUACUAUGCACGUGGAAGCUGGCCAUUCAGCGGUUCCUGAGGAAGGCCCCAAAGAUCUCCGCUGUCCUCUCUGCCUCUAUCAUACCAAAUACAAGCGCAACAUGAUUGACCACAUCGUUCUGCACCGAGAAGAGCGAGUUGUCCCCAUUGAAGUGUGCCGUUCCAAACUAUCAAAAUACUUGCAGGGAGUAGUUUUCCGCUGUGAUAAGUGUACCUUCACCUGCUCCAGUGACGAGAGCCUCCAGCAGCACAUAGAAAAGCACAAUGAACUGAAACCUUACAAAUGCCAGCUCUGCUACUAUGAGACCAAGCACACGGAGGAACUGGACAGUCACCUUCGGGAUGAGCAUAAGGUAAGCCGUAACUUUGAGCUGGUUGGACGGGUUAACUUGGACCAGCUGGAACAGAUGAAGGAAAAAAUGGAGAGCUCCAGCAGUGACGAUGAGGACAAGGAGGAAGAAAUGAGCAGCAAGGCUGAAGACAGAGAGCUGAUGGGAUUUUCUGACCAUGGGGCUGCUAUUAACCCUGAGAAGCGUUUUCCGUGUGAAUUCUGUGGACGGGCAUUUUCGCAGGGAUCUGAGUGGGAAAGACACGUGCUGAGACAUGGCAUGUCGCUGAAUGACACCAAGCAAGUGAUCAGAGAAGAGAUCCAUGCAAAAGAAAUGGUGGAGGACAGUAUGACAAUGCCCUCCAUAGAGGAAAAGGAAGACGAUGAGCCAAUCGGGAUAGACUUUUCCCUAAGAAACGAAACAGUAGCCAUCUGUGUAGUAGCUGCCGACAAAUCUCUCCUGGAGAAUGCAGAGGCCAAAAAAGAAUAAGAGUUUGGUGAAAUUCUUAAUCAAACCGUACUUGAACCGUGAUGAAAAAGUGGGAGGGCCAGCAUGGGCUGCGAAGGGAGGGACAGUAAAGAGAGGACAGAACAAAGCUGCUUUUUAGGACUGAACAAUCUAUUUUCAAAGCACUGGUACCUGUGUGAGUGAGUAUGUAAAUUAAAAUUAUUUAAAUGGUUGGAAUAUGUGGCUCCUUUUCCAUACUACAUCUUUUCCUUCCGGACCUUCACCGCGGACGUGGCGGAUACGGAAGCGCCUCCCAACGGCCAGGUGCGCUCCGGGGCGGUCUUGGACAGCGCGUUGAAGCGGAGUCUCCGGGACAGCAGAAGACCGCUCAGAGGGGAACAAUUUUUUUGACGCACGUCUUUCAGUGCGUUUUUCUAGUUUUAAUACCUUAAGCUUUUUCAAGACCUAACUGCAGCCGCUUUGGGAAUAAAUAAAUAAAUAAAACAGAAAACAGAAAACAAAACAAAAAAAAAAAC